CAGUCAUAAUGAAGUUAUCCUGGGGCUUUUUGACGUGCUUGGGUCUAGUGUCCCAGGCUUCUUCACAGUCUUAUUGGUAUGAAACAAUUGCACACCAGGGCGUAUCCCCAUACAACCCACAAGGAUCGGCCUACCAAGUUUUCAGAAACGUCAAGGCAUUUGGUGCCAAAGGCGACGGAGUGACUGAUGACACAGCUGCUAUCAAUGCUGCCAUUUCUAGCGGCUCACGUUGCGUGGAGGGCCCUCCGCCUGGUGGCUGUCAGUCCAGUACUACUUCACCAGCAGUAGUAUACUUCCCGGAAGGCACAUAUCUGAUCUCCUCGUCCAUUUUACCAUACUAUUUCACACAGCUCAUCGGCAAUCCAAAUGCUAUGCCAGUAUUGAAGGCCACUGCUAGUUUUAGCGGACUUGGCCUUAUAGACGCAGAUCCAUAUGGGUCAUCUGUCCCCGACUAUGUAACCACCAACGUCUUCUACCGACAAAUCAGGAACUUCGUCUUCGAUACAACCAAUGUUGCUUCAGGCACACAAGUUAGGGGAAUUCAUUGGCCCACGUCCCAGGCGACCAGUCUGCAGAACUGUGUCUUCCAGCUUAGCCAGGCGAGUGGAAAUCAACACCAGGGUGUCUUCAUUGAGAACGGCUCUGGCGGCUUUCUCACCGAUCUGGUCUUUUAUGGCGGAUCUCCAGCUAUGAGCAUUGGGUCUCAACAAUUCACAUCUAGAAACCUCACGUUCCAUAAUUCCGUUACUGCUAUUUCCCAGUUGUGGGAUUGGGGGUGGACGUACAUUGGUCUCUCGAUCAACAAUUGUGGAACUGGGCUCGAUAUAUCUGCAACAGGAACCGUAAAUGGUGUUGCAAAUGGCUUAGAAGUCGGUUCCGUGACAUUGAUCGACAGUACCAUCAGUAACACUCCUAUUGGUAUCCGCACCUCCAGGGCCAGCGGGACAUAUCCUGAGACAGGAGGAAGCCUAGCGCUCGAAAACGUGGUACUUACUAACGUUCCAACUGCCGUCCAAGGUCCUUCUGGAGUCUCUCUGGCAGGAACUACGGGUACAAUGACCAUUGGUGCUUACGUUGAGGGCAAUUCGUAUAGUGCAAGUUCCACCACUCCCACUACUAUUGCUGGGACUGUUUCGGCUUUCCCUCGGCCAGCGUCUCUCCUCUCUGGGAGCGAUUACUACACACGCUCCAAGCCUCAAUACCAGAAUCUUGCUGUCUCUCAAUUCUCUAGCGUCCGCACUGCUGGGGCAAGAGGAGAUGGAGUCACUGAUGAUUCAGCCGCAAUCCAGUCCAUCAUCACGUCCGCGACAGCCGCUGGCAAUAUAGUAUAUUUUGAUGCUGGAAUCUACAAGGUCACGACAACUAUUUAUAUACCUCCUGGAGCCAAGCUUGUUGGAGAGACGUACCCAGUUAUCAUGGGUUCAGGCUCAUACUUCUCAGAUGUCAACAACCCACAACCUGUGGUGCGAGUCGGAUCUACAGCUGGGGAAAGCGGUGUCGUUGAAUGGUCCGACAUGAUAGUCUCCACGCAGGGUGCCGCCUCGGGUGCUAUCUUGAUUGAAUGGAAUCUUGCCUCCCCUGCUGCGACACCGUCAGGCAUGUGGGAUGUUCACACGCGAAUUGGUGGCUACGCUGGAAGCGACCUGCAGGUUGCUCAGUGUGCUGUUGGGGCAGCUCAACCCAACACCAAUUGCAUUGCCGCGUUUCAGUCGAUGCACAUUACGCCUAUUGGAAGCGGAGUAUAUAUGGAAAAUGUGUGGCUGUGGUCAGCGGAUCAUGACAUUGACGACUCUCAAGACACCCAAAUCACUGUCUAUAGCGGCCGUGGUCUUUUAAUCGAAAGUAGUACAGGCAACGUCUGGCUAAUUGGCACGGCCGUCGAGCAUCAUACGCUAUAUCAAUACCAAUUUACCAACACACAAAAUGUUUUCAUGGGCUUUAUCCAGACCGAGACUCCGUACUAUCAACCUUCACCCGAGGCCACCUCACCCUUCAGUCCCGUAGUUUCCCGAAACGACCCCGAUUUUGGCGUCUAUUGCGCCGGGAGACCCUCCACCUGUAAUGACGCCUGGGCCCUCAGGAUUCUGUCCUCCCACGACAUGCUGGUCUAUGGAGCGGGACUGUAUUCCUUCUUCGACAACUAUAGCACUGACUGUUCAGCCCACAACGCUACCGUAUAUAACGAGGUCUGCCAGACACAGAUUUUUGGCAUCGAUGAAGGCGGUAGUAGUGAGACCUAUUCUGGCAGUACCGUCUAUAUAUAUGGUUUGAAUACGCUCGGGAGUGUGAGCAUGAUUGACAGGGAUGGGACAAGUAUCGCUGCUCAGAGCGCCAAUACGAAUAUGUAUACAGAGAUUGUUGCUAUGUAUGUUACUUAGCAUCCUGUAGAUAUUGGGGAGAGAUAGUAGAAGUAUGUUUCUGAGAUAUUGGGUAAAUUAAGGAAACUAGGAAUUCAUAUCGAGCUUUCAGAACGGUUUCCCUUCAAGCCUGUUCAAGCAUUGAAAC